AUGGAACAGAUCGAAACGCAGGCCCUCGGCCGCCGGAGCGCCCAUGGCCGCUACACCCUACGACCCUCUUUCACAUACCAUGGCGGCCGGGUCUCCCGCCUCUGCGGCAUCUGGGGAGAUAAUUCGGGCAUGUAUCGUGGGCACUCGACACAUCAUACUACGACGCACGCCAGCGCGUCGCGAAACUCCAUGUCAGCGGAUGGAGCGACAUCGGCAAGCAAUGGGGCGAAGCGAAAAGCAGACGAGGAAGAGGGCGCAGCCGGUCCUACAAAGCAGCAAAGGAGUAAAAGGAAUCGGUACAUCUCGAUUGCCUGCAACGAAUGCAAGCGCCGCAAAAUAAAAUGCAAUGGCGAGUCACCUUGCCAACGAUGCGGGAAUCUCAACCUCACUUGCCUUUAUGCCCCCAACUGUUGUUCAAACAACUUCAAGGAGUCGGACGAAUUUCGAACCAUGACGGACAAGGUAGCGAAACUCCAAGAGCAGGUUGAUAGCUUGUUCCAGAACCUGAGCGCCCUUCGAACCGAAACGCUCCCUCGAAUGCUUCCCCCAAGACCGAAUGCUACCGCUAUUAUCCCCGAGCGGACCCCCAACCGUUUCGCCAUCGCCGGGACCCCUACACCCACCGACCCCCUGUGGGAUAUGUCGAGCGACGAGAUGAUUCGGCUUUGCCGGCUCCACGAGGACGAGGUGGGAAUCUUGUUCCCCGUGGUCAAUAUGCAAACCGUCAUCAGCCACGCGCAGAGUUUGGCGGCUUUUAUGGAGAGUAGCAGGCGGAACGGCAUGCUCCCCAAUCUAAAUGAUGAGAUGACCCUGCUCCUCAAGAUCAUCAUUUGCUGCGCCCUCACCUUCGAGGACCAGGGUCACAACGACAAGGCGAACCGAAUGUACGAAAGCAUGCAGUCGGAGCUCAACGCGAAGCUCAUGGCAGAAGCCACCAAUGUGAGGAACCUGCCUAUGCUCAUUUUGCUAGCCUGCUACCGGUUCCUGUCGAGCGAAGAGAUAUUGGCGUGGAGGGUGAUGGGCCAGGUGUCAAGGCUGUGCUUGGAACUGGGUCUUCACAACCGAAGCAGUAUGAUGCUCAUAGAAAUCGACGAGGACCGAAAAACGGCACUCACGUGCUUUUGGUUCUCCUACAUCUACGAGAGGCUAUGGUCUUUUGGAGCCGGGCUACCAUAUGUCGUGAGAGACGAGGACAUUGAUUUGCGGCUUCCUCCACCGGAGGACCACCCGUAUCUCAUGACUUUGAUCGCGUAUUCGCGGCUCGGAGCUCGAGUCUUCCAGCUCACAUCCAAGUAUAAUCACCCUGCGGCCCGAGAGAUGCCGGCGUACGAGGUGGAUCACUUGGAUCGCGAAAUUGUGCAAUGGUAUGACAACGCGCCCGAAGAAGUCAAAAUGAAGGACUGGAGCCAGGAUAAGCAACUAGGCGCCACGUCCUCAUACAAUCUGAAGCGGCUGCGCAUCUGGACCUAUCUCCGCUACAAUCAGCUUCGCAUGUGGCUCUAUAUGCCCUUCGUACAAAACGCCCACACCAUUCUGAACAACCCCCGCCAUGCGCAGACGGCUGUACACCUGGCGUCGGACACGAUCCGGCUCCUCAACCACCUCGACACAAGCAGCAAUCUUUAUCGAAAGCUACAAGUGUUUUAUCACCAGUUCCUCACAUCAUCCGUCGCCGUCCUAUUUCUAGCGGCGGCGCAUUGCCCACAGCGUUUCGCUGCGGUGUGCCGCGACCACUUUUACAUGGUGCUAGAUCUAGUCAAGGACUUAUCAGCCAAGUCUUGGGUUUCGAAGAGGCUGUGGCGUACUUUUAACGCUCUGAAGGAGGUGGCGCCCAAGAUUGCGGGUACGUUGCCCAACAUGGGCGAGGGAACCGACUCUUCGUCAGGGGCCUCGAGCGCAGCCCGAGUGCCGCAACUACCACAGGUCGGGCCGUAUUCUAGACCAACCAUCCGAUCCGCACCGGUACCGGCGCGGCCUGGCGGCCCAUAUAAUCACGACCCACCCAUAGCGCAGAGCGCAAAUGGGAUGCAGCUCAUGACGGAAAUGCGGAGGGUGUUUGAUGUUUAUAUCGGUGCCGGCAACCAUGGUCCCGCCAAGGUGGAUCUACUACCAACUCCGAACUCGCUAGGCAGGUUUGUGGAGGAGAACGUGUCUCACCACUUUAGGGAUUUGUUUUGA